AUGACCCAGAAGGCCAAGAAGGUGGAGGACACCGUGGAUCUCUUCACCUCCGAUACGCUGAAGGGCGGCGCCAAGAAGCCAGAGCUGGUCAAGGUGUUGUGCGGCAACAGCGGCCCAGAUGUGGACUGGCUGGUGGACAAGUUCGAUCUCGACAUGUCACUGCUCGCACGUCUUGGCGGCCACUCCGCACCCCGAACCCACCGCGGCAAGGAGCGCUUCCCAGGCAUGACCAUUACCUAUGCCCUCAUCCAGAUGGUGGAGAAGAUUUCCGAGCGCAGCGAUCUUGCAAGGAUCAUCAACAAGGCCAAGGUGAAGCAGCUCCUGAUGAACAACGGCGCGGUGUGCGGCGUCCUGUACGAGAAGAGAGGCAAGGACUUCAAGGAGGAGGGCCCUGUCAUCCUUGCCACGGGUGGCUUCGGUGCGGAUUUCACGGAGGACUCCCUGCUGGCGAAGUACCGCCCAGACCUCUUGCACCUUCCCACCACGAACGGUGACCAUACCACAGGCGAUGGCAUCAAGAUGGGCGAGGCGAUCGGCGCGCGAUCCAUCGACCUGGAGUGGGUCCAGGUGCACCCCACUGGCCUUGUGGAGCCCGACGAUCCGGAGGCCAAGAUCAAGUUCCUGGCCGCUGAGGCUCUGCGCGGAGUUGGUGGCCUGGUCAUCAACGCUGCCGGCCUGCGCUUCUGCAACGAGCUCGGUCGCCGUGACUACGUGACCGGCGAGAUGUGGAAGUCCAAGCCUCCUUACCGACUGAUCCUGAACAAAGCCGCCUCUGAAGAGAUCAUGUGGCACUGCAAGCAUUACACCGGCCGCGGCGUCAUGAAGUUCUACCAGACGGGCGAGGAGUUGUGCAAGGACAUGGGCAUUGAGCUCUCCACCCUUGAGGCCACCCAUCAGCAGCACUUCGAAGCGGCCAAGAAGCAAGAGAAGGACCCCGAAGGCGGCCCGUACACGGCUUAUCCCAGCGGCAAGACUUGGGACGAGCCCAGUGGAAAGACCGGCGUGGGCAAGAAGUUCUUCCACAACAUCAUCGAGGGCUCAAAGGUCAAGUCCGAGCCUUUCUAU